AUGUUGGUCUCCUAUGGAAUUAAGGGUGCUGGUCCUGCGGCAGGGUCACCUCAGGUGCGGGUCCGCUGUGGARCCGGUGCCCCUUUGGCAGUGUCGCCUCAAGUGCCCGCUCCCUGUGAAGCCAUGGCUGCAGUUAAAAAGACAAUCAGCGUUAUGGAGGAGGACUUAGAAGUGCUCAAGGAACAGGCUGUGACUAAAAAUAAAUCUCUUUAUGUUCUUAGAGUUUCUCCAUGUGAAGCUGAACAACUUCAGGAAUUAGUGCAUCAGAUUGACAUCAUGGUAAACAGAAAGCAAGUAGAAUGGGAAAGAAAGAUGAGAGCUUUAGAAGCAAAGAUGGAUAUCCAGGAUCAAGAAUUAGCAAGUGCCCAAAGCAAACUGGAUCAAAAAGGUCAAGAGGUGGGACUACUUCAGCAAGAAUUGGAAAACUUACAGAAAACUAARUAUGAAAUGGCUCAGAGUUACGAAACUCAGCUUCAAGCACCAAAAUCUCAAUUCUCAAAGUUGACAGAUACUUAUGAAAAGCUACAGUCACAUCGGGUAAAACAAAAAAAUGUCAAAAGUAGUGAAAAAUGUGAGGAAAACCUGGAGACACCAUCUGACCCAAGGAAUUUAUACAUGAAACUGGAGGAAUUUAAGGAAAAAUCAAGAGAAUGGGAGAAGAAUGGGACAAURUGUCAAAAUAACCCUGUUUAUUUAGAUGUGCAACCAAAACUAUUGCCCGAGAAAUGUAAUUUAUUUCAGAACCGAAAUUAUCAAUCCCAAACACACAUUAAGAAACAAAGCCAAGAAGAGCUAAUUACCUAUGCCCAGCCCAAAAGUGAAAGUGAUUAUUUGAUUAUUGAAAAGCUAAAGGAMACUGUGAAUGAAAUAGCAAGAAACAAGAAUAAACUGGAAGAGGAAAAUAUGAAACUCCGUGAGGAUCUAAAAAUGUACCAAAACCAGUGCCAGAAUAUGGAGGCAGACGUUUUAGAAAUGAGAAAUGAGCUGCAGUCAAGAGAUAGUCUCUGGAGAAGGAUGCAACUGGAAUGCCAACAGUUGCAUACAGAAUUAUUGAAAAUCAAAGAGUAUAAAGAUAUGCAGAAAAUUCAAAUAAAGCAUCAAACAUCUCACGUUGAGCUUACUGAGCAACUAGAAGAUAAAAACACUGAGUUAUUGCUAUUUGCAGAAAGUCAAGAACUCCAAGAACAUCUGAACAAGAUAAGAAACCAUGUUUAUCGAGAGGAGCAGUCCCAUCGCUCUGAGCAGGAAAGAACGAAGACAGAAAUCUCUGACCUGACAAAGGAGCUUCAUCAGAAGGAGAUCACUAUAGCAACUAUCAUGGAGAAAGCUAGUCUUCUGGAAAGGCAGUUAAAAAUGGAGUUAGAGACAAAACACAAAUUGUUAGCAAAACAACAGYUGUUGGAAUUCCAUUACCAAGUUAUCCAAUCUGAAAACACACAUCUAAAAGAGRUGGUGGAAAACCAGGAGUGUGAAAGUUGCAUGAGUAUAGAUUUAUGUAACAAAGAACAUGGAAAUUUCACAGCUUCUGUUCACAAAAUGAAACGUGAGAAUUUAAGACGACAAAAUAGCCUUGUUAAACAACAAAAUUACACAGAAACAUCGAUGCUGGGUUGCAUGGAUACAUAUAGGGAAGCAGAGCACAGCUACCAAACCCAUUCAAAGAUGCAAGGAAAGGAAGAGAGAUCAUUCGAAAAUAAAGAUGCAUGGGAAGUGGAGUGUCAACAGCCUGCUAUGCUCACUGCUGGUGGAUACCACAGGAACUGCAGUCCUGAUUUAUAUGGCCAAGGCAAUAUCACUGGUUCAAAAAGUGAUAGCUCUUUCUCUUCUCAUCCACUUCACAGAGGUCAUGAAAAGACAAUAGUUCAUAAAUCUCCAUUACCAGCAGUGGGGUAUCCUUUGGGCUUUCUKGAGCCAUUUCCUGAAAUGGGCACAACAGGCAGCUUUCAGAGCCCUGCUUAUAGUGCGGAAGAAAUCAAAUUAUCAUCUCCCCCUGAGAUGUCCUUCCUUACAACAACCGAAAAGUUCCUCCAGGAGGAAGAGGAACAUGCAAGAGAGUUUGAAGAACGUUUGAAUUCACACCUUGAAGAGCUGCAAAGAUAUUCUGAAAAUACUCUAAAAAAAUAUGCCAGGAUGCAGCAAAGCAGGCAUACUUAAGCCAGUCACACAAUUAAGAAAAGCAAACCAAGUAAUCACCCAUGAGUUUCUUAGAACUAAAAUCUGCAACUAGCUGCUUAAUGUAUUUAGGCACAUUGCCAGCAGAAUAUAUUUGUAACACCAAGUUUUCAA